AUGUGCACCAUAGUUGAUGAAAAAUUCACGCAAGCAAUGUCUGAUGAUGAAAGAGAAUCAAUAACAAUUGAACAAAGAGUAGUGAAUCAAUCAGAUUUAGAUGCGUUAACAUGUUCAAUAUGUUUGUCGUUGAUGACUUCUCCCGUCAAACAAUGUAUAUCUGGUCAUCUUGGUUGUCAGAGUUGUUUGGAAAAGGUUUCAACUUGUCCUCAAUGUAGAGUACCUAUUUCAAAUGGAGGACUAUCAAGAUCACUCAUUACAGAUCAUAUGUUAUCAUCACUCAGGAUUCAUUGCGAGAAUCAAUUUAGAUAUGAUAAUGAACAAAAGAAAUGGGUAAAGGAUGAAAAGGGAUGUCCAAAGAUUACAACCGUUGCAACAUCAGACACUCACAAGUUAACUUGUAAAUUUAAUCUUUUACAAUGUGAAAAUCAAGGUUGCGAUGAACAAGUAUUAAAAAAAGAUAUGGAUAGUCAUCUUGAACAAUGUAAACACCAACAAGAGUUUCGAUGUCCCUUUAAUGUUUGCCAAUAUACUGGAAAAAGGAAAGAGCUUGAUCAACAUAUUCUAAAUGAUAUAGCAGUGCAUAUUUCAAACAACAAUUAUGAAAUGGAUUGUCAAAUCGAGUUACUAAACAAAACAUGUGCCGAAUCAAUAGAAUCACUCAAGGUAUCAAACAAUAAAAUAGAAAUACUAAAACAAAAAAUUAAAUCUCUUGAAAUUACAAAUGAGUCACAAAAUCAACUAAUAAAAUCACAAAUCGAAUCACUUCAACAACAAUUUAAAUCUCUUGAAACUUCCAACGGAUAUGUGGAUCAAAAGGUUUGGAAAUGCAAGGAAAAAACAAAGGAAAUGAUUAAACAUACAACAGUUCAUUCGGAAUGGGUUAUUGAAAACUUUGGUAAAAAGUAUAAAUCCAAAACUGACGAGUAUUCUGAUGAUUUUAAAAUGGGUGGAUUCGAUUGGUACAUUUGUUUAUCUUUGGAAAACGAUGGUCAGGUAGGAUUCUAUGUUUUUUUGCACAACAAUCCUGGAAAAUUGGUAAAGACGACUUUUACUUUGCAAGUGUCUUUACCUCGCUCGCAAAGCCACAUUCAACAGUUUACCAAUAUUUAUGACCACGAGGAUAGUGGUGCUGGGUAUUAUCUAGAUUCAGAAACCUAUUUAAAAGAAAUACAAGACACUGAUUGUGUCACUGUUCAAUUCAAAGGUUUUGUCGCAAAGGUAUCAGAUGAUCCAGAUAUUAAAAAAUGA